GAUGGAGGAAAAAUGUCUCAGUAUUUGUCCCAACUGGCUAUUGGUGAUCUGAUCGAUGUCAUGGGACCGAUUGGAUUGUUAACAUAUUAUGGUGGCGGGCAUUUCACGUAUGGGAAAAGAGAAUAUCGAAAACGGAAAAUAGGAAUGAUUGCUGGGGGGACUGGAAUCACCCCAAUGCUGCAAAUACUCCGCCAUAUAACAAACAACCGAACAGAUCACACAGAAGUUUGGUUGCUCUUCGCGAAUAAGUCAGAAGAUGAUAUUUUGGUUCGAGAUACUCUUGAAGAAAUCGUUUCUCAUCAUAGUGAACAAUUUCAUCUUUGGUACACAAUCGAUGAAGCGCCUCUAAAAUGGAAUUAUUCAGUUGGAUUCAUCAAUGAGGAAAUGAUACGAGAACACCUGCCACCACCAGGAGACGAGUCAUUAGUAUUGCUCUGUGGACCUCCACCAAUGAUCCAAUUUGCAUGCAAACCAAACCUUGCGAAAGUUGGUUGGCAUGAAAAUGACAUUUUAGAAUUUUAG